CCACCGCCGCCCAGCCUCACCGACAGCAGCUCGGAGGUGUCGGACUGCGCGUCGGAGGAGGCGCGCCUGCUGGGCCUGGAGCUGGCGCUGAGCAGCGACGCUGAGUCGGCGGCCGGGGGUCCGUCGGGGGCCCGCACCGGGCAGCCGCCCCAGCCCGCACCGUCCGCGCAGCAGCCUCCGCGGCCGCCCGCCUCCCCCGAUGAGCCGUCGGUGGCCGCGUCGUCGGUGGGCAGCAGCCGCCUGCCGCUCAGCGCCUCCCUCGCUUUCUCCGACCUCACCGAGGAGAUGCUGGACUGCGGGCCGGGCGGCUUCGUGCGGGAGCUGGAGGAGCUGCGCUCGGAGAACGACUAUCUUAAGGACGAGAUUGAGGAGCUACGGGCCGAGAUGCUGGAGAUGCGGGAUGUCUACAUGGAAGAAGACGUGUACCAGUUGCAGGAGCUGCGCCAGCAGCUGGACCAGGCCAGCAAGACCUGUCGCAUCCUGCAGUACCGGCUACGCAAGGCAGAGCGCCGCAGCCUCCGUGCCGCCCAGACUGGCCAGGUGGAUGGUGAACUUAUCCGUGGUCUGGAGCAGGAUGUCAAGGUCUCCAAGGACAUCUCCAUGCGACUGCACAAGGAACUCGAAGUGGUGGAGAAGAAACGAGCACGGCUGGAAGAGGAGAACGAGGAGCUUCGGCAGCGGCUCAUCGAGGCUGAGCUGGCUAAGCAGGUGCUGCAGACAGAGCUGGAGCGGCCGAGAGAGCAUUCCUUGAAGAAACGAGGAACUCGCUCCCUGGGAAAGACAGAGAAGAAGCCUUCUGCGCAGGAGGACAGUGCAGAUCUGAAGUGCCAGCUGCACUUUGCCAAGGAGGAGUCGGCCCUCAUGUGCAAGAAGCUCACCAAGCUGGCCAAGGAGAACGACGGCAUGAAGGAGGAACUGCUCAAGUACCGCUCGCUCUACGGGGACUUGGACAGCGCCCUGUCAGCGGAGGAGCUGGCGGACGCGCCACACUCGCGGGAGGCUGAGCUGAAGGUGCACUUGAAAUUGGUGGAGGAGGAAGCUAACUUGCUGAGCCGCCGCAUCGUGGAGCUGGAGGUGGAGAACCGGGGCCUGCGGGCCGAGAUGGACGACAUGAAAGAUCACGGUGGCGGCUGUGGGGGGCCCGAGGCUCGCCUGGCCUUCUCUGCGCUGGGUGGCAGCGAGUGUGGGGAGAGCUUGGCGGAGCUGCGGCGACACCUGCAGUUCGUGGAGGAGGAGGCGGAGCUGCUGCGGCGCUCCUCAGCGGAGCUUGAGGAUCAGAACAAGCUGCUGCUGAACGAGCUGGCCAAGUUCCGCUCCGAGCACGAGCUGGACGUGGCGCUGUCGGAGGACAGCUGCUCAGUGCUCAGCGAGCCCUCGCAGGAGGAGCUGGCGGCUGCGAAACUGCAGAUCGGAGAGCUCAGCGGCAAAGUCAAGAAGCUGCAGUAUGAGAACCGGGUGCUUCUCUCCAACCUCCAGCGUUGUGAUCUCGCCUCCUGCCAGAGCAUGCGGCCGAUGCUAGAGACUGAUGCAGAGGCCGGGGACUCCGCCCAGUGUGUGCCCGCGCCCCUUGGUGAGGCCCACGAGCCCCAUGUGGCCCGGCUUUGCAGAGCCAGGGAGGCCGAGACACUGCCUGGACUGAGGGAGCAGGCCGCCCUGGUCAGUAAGGCUAUCGACGUCCUGGUGGCAGAUGCGAAUGGUUUCUCUGCUGGCCUCCGGUUGUGUCUGGACAAUGAGUGUGCAGAUAACAGCGAGGGCCCCAGGGAUGCCAAGCUCAUCCAUGCCAUCCUGGUGCGGCUGAGCGUGCUGCAGCAGGAGCUGAACACUUUCGUGCGGAAGGCGGACGCAGCCCUGGGGAGCUCUGGCAAGGAGCAGCCAGAGCCCUUCUCUUCCCUGUCCCCCUUGGGUUCCCAGGGGCCCUCUAAGGAGAUCCUUCUGGCUAAAGACCUUGGCUCAGACUUCCAGCCACCUGACUUUAGGGACCUGCCAGAAUGGGAGCCCAGGAUCCGAGAGCCCUUCCGCAAUGGCGACUUAGACUCCAAGACUGACCCCAGCCGAAGCUUCAGGCCUUACCGAGCUGAAGACAAUGAUUCCUAUGCCUCUGAGAUCAAGGAGCUGCAGCUGGUGCUGGCUGAGGCCCAUGACAGCCUUCGCGGCUUACAAGAGCAGCUCUCCCAGGAGCGGCAGCUACGGAAGGAGGAGGCUGAUAACUUCAACCAGAAAAUGGUCCAGCUGAAGGAGGACCAGCAGAGGGCGCUCCUGAGGCGGGAGUUUGAGCUGCAGAGCCUGAGCCUUCAGCGGAGACUGGAGCAGAAAUUCUGGAGCCAGGAGAAGAACAUGUUGGUGCAGGAAUCCCAGCAGUUCAAGCACAACUUCCUGCUGCUCUUCAUGAAGCUCAGGUGGUUCCUCAAGCGCUGGCGGCAGGGCAAGGUUUUGCCCAAUGAAGGAGAUGACUUCCUUGAGGUAAAUAGCAUGAAGGAGUUGUACCUGCUUAUGGAGGAAGAGGAAAUAAACGCUCAGCAUUCUGAUAACAAGGCUUGCAUGGGGGACAGCUGGACCCAGAACACGCCCAAUGAGUACAUCAAGACCCUGGCAGACAUGAAGGUGACAUUGAAGGAGCUAUGCUGGCUACUCCGGGAUGAACGCCGUGGUCUGACUGAGCUUCAGCAACAGUUUGCCAAGGCCAAGGCCACCUGGGAGACAGAGCGGGCGGAACUCAAAGGCCACACCACCCAGAUGGAGCUGAAGGCUGGCAAGGGAGCUGGGGAAAGGGCAGGGCCUGAGUGGAAGGCAGCCCUACAGAGGGAGCGUGAGGAGCAGCAGCACCUCCUGGCAGAGUCCUACAGUGCUGUCAUGGAGCUGACGCGGCAGCUGCAGAUCAGCGAGCGCAACUGGAGCCAGGAGAAGCUGCAGCUGGUGGAGCGGCUGCAGGGUGAGAAGCAGCAGGUGGAGCAGCAGGUGAAGGAGCUGCAGAACCGCCUGAGUCAGCUGCAGAAGGCUGCCGACCCCUGGGUCCUGAAGCACUCAGACCUGGAGAAGCAGGACAACAGCUGGAAAGAGACACGCAAUGAGAAGAUCCAUGACAAGGAACCUGUUUCUGAAGUUGAGCUUGGGGGAACCGGCUUAAAGAGGACCAAAUCUGUUUCUUCCAUGUCUGAGUUUGAAAGUUUGCUGGACUGUUCCCCCUACCUUCCUGGUGGAGAUGCCCGUGGCAAGAAGCUGCCCAACAACCCUGCCUUUUCCUUUGUUAGUGCUGAGUCGGUAGAUCCAGAGAAAGAUGCCAAGGAAAAGCCCGGGCUCUCACCAAGAGACUGCAACCGCCUGGGUGCUCUGGGCUGCCAGGACCCCUCAGGGAGGCAGAUGCAGCGCAGCUAUACAGCGCCCGACAAGACAGGCAUCCGAGUCUACUACAGCCCCCCUGUGGCCCGGCGCCUGGGCGUUCCUGUGGUCCAUGACAAGGAGGGCAAGAUCGUCAUCGAGCCAGGCUUCCUCUUCACCACAGCCAAGCCCAGAGAGCCAGCUGAGGCUGAGGGACUGGCCGAGAGCUCCUAUGGCAGGUGGCUCUGCAAUUUCUCACGGCAGCGCCUGGACGGGAGCUCAGGGGGCAGCCCCUCAGCGGCCGGGCCUGGCUUCCCAGCAGCCCUGCAUGACUUCGAGAUGUCAGGCAACAUGAGUGACGAUAUGAAGGAAAUCACCAACUGCGUGCGCCAGGCCAUGCGCUCGGGCUCGCUGGAGAGGAAAGUGAAGAGUACGUCCAGCCAGACAGUGGGCCUGGCCAGUGUGGGCACCCAGACCAUUCGCACAGUCAGCGUGGGCCUGCAGACUGACCCACCCCGUAGCAGCCUCCACAGCAAGAGCUGGUCACCCCGCAGCUCCUCACUCGUGUCCGUGCGCAGCAAGCAGAUCUCCUCCUCCCUGGACAAGGUCCACUCACGCAUCGAGCGGCCCUGCUGCUCCCCCAAGUAUGGCUCGCCAAAGCUCCAGAGGCGGUCUGUAUCCAAGCUAGACAGCACCAAGGACCGCAGCCUGUGGAACCUCCACCAAGGCAAGCAGAAUGGCUCUGCCUGGGCCCGUUCCACCACCACACGGGACAGCCCUGUGUUGAGGAACAUCAAUGAUGGACUAUCCAGCCUCUUCAGUGUGGUGGAGCACUCAGGGAGCACGGAAUCCGUUUGGAAACUGGGCAUGUCUGAGGCCCGAGCCAAGCCGGAGCCUCCUAAGUAUGGCAUUGUGCAGGAGUUCUUCCGCAAUGUGUGUGGCCGGGCACCAAGCCCCACCUCGGCAGCAGGAGAGGAGAGCACCAAGAAGCCAGAGCCCCUCUCCCCGGCCAGCUACCACCAGCCAGACGGUGUGGCCAGGAUCCUGAACAAGAAGGCAGCCAAGUCAGGCAGCAGCGAGGAGACCAGGCCCACUGUGCUCCCCCAGGUGGGGAAGGAUGGUGUCCUCCGGGAUGGAGAUGGAGUUCUGGUCCUUCCAAGUGAGGAUGCCAUUUGUGACUGUAGCACCCAGUCUCUUACCUCCUGCUUCUCGCGGUCGUCCCGCUCUGCCAUCCGCCACUCUCCUUCCAAGUGCAGGCUGCACCCUUCAGAGUCCAGCUGGGGCGGGGACGAGAGGGCAGCACCCCCUAGCGAGUGACAGAGCAGCAGAGCUCCCUGCCUCAACCAACUCCGGCCCCGGAUAGCAGGAAGGAACCAGCACAGAGGAGGUGAGGGGCCGUGCCCUCUGCAUCACCCUGGCCCUGGAGGUGUAGCAGCUGCAACACUGCCACAGAGCAGCUUUCACGUAAAGGUAAAGCAGGGUCUCCUGCUGACCUCUGGGUGGUGAGCCCCAAUUUCCCAGGGGAAAGCAAUGAGUGGGAGAAAGACCAAAAAUGGGCUUUGGAAGCAUCUACAGAGAGAUCUGUCUCGAGUUGAUCCCUGGGUCCUAAGGGAGAGCCUCUUCUGGUUCUACCUAUGCUCACUUCUUGGAAGAGCCUGGGAAGGGUACACCUUUGGCGAUGCCCUUGGGGAAAAGGGCCCAGAGAGAUGUUCCUUACUGACCACGCACCCCUUCACUGAAGAGGAGACCCUACGGAGAAGAACAGGCUUUGCUGCAGGGCUCCACGUGGGGCUCCUGAUAGAGCUGGGCCGGGCACCAUCACUAUCCCCUCCUUCCCUCUGCCACCUCCUCCUCUCAGCCCCACUGCUCCAGAUUUCCAGGACUUGGGGUGGGGGGUAUGAUAGGGCUGAAGCCAG